GUCAGACAAAAAAAAAAUGUUUACAGGAAGUUCAUUCCAGAACAUGUGGCUUUCAUCAGAUGGACAGAAAAAAAAUACAAUUCUUUGGUGAAUGGUGGCUUGUCUUCUGGGACUGCAAAAAAAAAAAAAACAAAAAAAAAAAAAAAAAAAAACGAAAAAAUAUAUCCUCUGAGAAGUUUGAGUCAGUGCUGCACAACUCCAAGUUAUGACCUACACGGAGAGAACUUUCUAAGAACUUUGCAAGAAAUUAUAAUAGUAAUAUUCUGUUUCCAAAGCCAGAGAUUAUAUUUCUGUGUGAAGAGAUACCAAAGAAAAACAGCUAUAAAACAUCUGCACAAUACCAACACUGAGCUCUUUGUCUUCUAUUAUGAAUUCUGUGGGCGUUUUCUCAUUGAAAGCCUGUGAGGGCAGUAGUGAAAAAAUAGUAAUAAAUGUUGGUGGGGUAAAACAUGAGACCCACACACGCACCCUAAUGGCCCUUCCGGGAUCCCGUCUUGCCAAUCUGGUGGACACUGACAUGCCUCCCUCAGAGCUUUUUUUUGAUCGCAACCCUGAAGUCUUCGCCCAUGUGCUGCAGUACUACAGAAGCGGGAAGCUGCACUGCCCCACCAACUUGUGUGGGCUACUGUUGGAGGAAGAGUUUGCUUUCUGGGGUGUUAGUGGCACAGAUGUGGAGCCCUGCUGCUGGGCGACAUUUCAACACAACAAAGAUACUGUAGAGGCUUUGGCUCAGAUUGAACCUUUAGUGAUGGAGAAAGAGGAGGAACCAGGUCAAAACCACCAAUCGAGCAACUCCAGAGCGUGGAUGCAGAAGAUAUGGGCUCUCUUUGACAAUCCAUAUUCAUCCAUUACUGCCAAAGUCAUUGCGAUCGUAUCUCUGUUCUUCAUCCUGCUCUCUUUCACCGCAUUUUCUCUGCAGACAGAACCCCAUAUAUAUCUUUCCAAGAUUGACCUGUUACGGACAGGCAACUCAACCGGAAAUUGUAUGGAGACCCUUCUUGUAGAUUCUCUGGACGUGGUGGAGUUAGUGUGUUUGGUGUGGUUUGUGUUUGAGUUUGUGAUGCGUGUAGUCAGCUGUCCAAGCAAACCGCGCUUCUUCAUGAACGUUAUGAACAUCGUUGACCUGCUGGGUCUGUUCCCGUUGUUCUUGCGGUGCUGCUCCAGCAUGUACUGCUGGAAGGCGAUGGGCUUUCUGCGUAUAAUGCGAUGCAUACGUGUCUUUCGCAUCUUCAAGCUGAUGCAGCAUGUGUUUGGUGUGAGAGUGCUCAACCACGCGCUUCGCGCCAGUGCGACGUCUCUCUGCACGGUGCCUCUUGUACUCUUAAUCUGCACACUCAUCUUUGGUACCAUGGUUUUUUACACAGAAGUUGACAUUGAAAAUUCGUACUUCACUGGCCUUCCCUCUUGUUUUUGGUGGGCAGCGGUCACACUGACCACGGUGGGUUAUGGAGACCUGUUUCCUAUAUCGGGUCAAGGCAAGUUGGUAGGCUUUCUCUGUGCAAUGGUUGGGGUUCUGGUCAUCAUCCUGCCUGUACCCAUAAUCGUCAACAACUUCAUUAAGUUCAGCUCCCUGGUCAAGACAAAGUGCUCGAUGCCCAGAAAGAAGGAGAAGAAUUGUGUUGAUACGACCCCCUCAUCUUCCGCUUAGAGCUGCAAAAUAAAAACAGCAGGUAUCGAGGAAACAUAUCAAGUUAUAUACAGUAGUAGGCCUGUGAUAUAUAUGUCUCUGACUGCAUUUUGUGUGUCUUAUAUGGUUUCAGUCUCUUACAGAAUAUGUGAUGGAUACACAUAAUU